AUGGCCACCACCGUCGUCGAGACGGGCAAUACAACGCCCAUGACCUCCAAAUUGUCUGGUGACGCGCCCGAAAUUCCGCAGCUGGCACGCUUCGACGCACAUGACUCGGCCACUACAGGCGAUGCUCUAGUCGAGGUCAUUGAGCGCGACGGCGGCGUCAUUGUCGAAAACCUCAUCACUCCCGAGCUUGCGUUGCAGAUCAAGCAAGAGCUCAAGCCCUAUUUCGACAGUGAUCGGAUUGACCCGACUGGAUUCUUCCCGGAAACGACCAAGCGAGCGUCGGGGCUGAUCGGCAUCUCCCCAGGAUGCGUCGAGUACCUGACCACCCCUCUCCUUCUCGACGUGGUCGACAAGCUCUUGUCAUCAACCUACAGUUUCUGGGUGGGAAAGAGGGUGCGAACUGUCACGGCCAAGCCCCAGAUCUCUUCCACGACCGCCUUCAGAGUCAACCCCGGAGGAAGAGCUCAAGACCUCCACCGCGAUGAUGCAGACUUGCACACUCGCAACGUAGACCAUCCAGCCAUGCUGGGAUGCAUCGUGGCCGUUUCAAAGAUCACCAAGGAGAACGGAGCGACCCAAGUGAUCCCAGGAUCUCACGUUUGGGGACCGGAACGAGCACCUGAAGUCUAUGAGGCGGUCCCCGCCGAGUUGGAAAUUGGCGACGCUCUCAUCUUCUUGGGCAACACUUACCAUGGAGGGGGUGCGAACACCACCGAAAACGAGGUUCGAGAGAAUGUCGGCUUGUUCUUCACCAAAGGCUACUACCGACAAUCGGAAAAUCAAUAUCUGAUGGUCCCCGUAGAGCAGGCAAGGCCAUUGUCCACACAAGUGAAGAGACUGCUUGGGUAUGGUAUUAGCCGUCCAGGCGUUGGGUUCUAUCAUUAUCAAGACCCCAUGAGAGUCCUGUAUGGCGUGGAAGAUGAAGAUACAGUCGACCUGUGA